ACGAGACCAAGCUCUCAGGGGACGUGAAUGAUUGUUAUUAUUGACUUUUUUGUUCUGUUGAUCAUUGUUGGGUGUGCCGAAGUCUUUGUCGGUGUGUUGUAGAUCUAAAGAAGAGCUUCAAACCAAAUGAAGCACAAAAUAAUCUAAAAAUAUAAGUGCAAUGGGAAAAAGUAAAACGCGGGCUGUUUGAAUAAUGGCACCUUUCCAAAGACAGGUACAAGGAGUGGUACUCCUUAUAUUUCUCUUCUCGAGGCCUUAUUUAAUAGAAUCACAGACCUACAGGGAUUUCCCAAAGCUUUUUAAUGCUGCACAGUUUAAGCCAAUCUCAACCACACCAUCUGGUUCAACAUGUGGAAUACCUACCCGCAGUGCCUAUUGUAAAAGUUCUGUAUAUGAGAGCUCAUUGAGCCGUUGUUUUCAAGACUUAUGUGAACAGGAUUGUCCUCGGAGAACUUCUCUGCCUUCUUAUAGUAACCUUCUUCUGGCUUCCAAUUUUGGAGAUUGUGUUCAUCGGGACACUGUGAAUGUGCGGCCAGGGAACUCCAGCGAGGAUUUUUCUUCUGUAUUCAACAAUGGGCCCCGCUGUUACCUGACACCUCUGCAGACUUCGGAGCUGGGUACUGAGGAUGGAGUUCGUAUGUUCACGUUAGCCGUGUGGAUAUGGCAGGAGACAGGGAAUGAAGGGACAAUUUAUCAGAAAGUGGGUGACAAUUCAAAAACAAUUCUUCAAGUGCGUGUUAGCAGCUCCAACAUCCACAUCUAUUACAGUACCAGCAGUGGAUUUUACCAUCUCAAGUCCCUGGAUUCUAUACCAGCAGAGACCUGGACUCACCUGGGAAUACAGGUCUAUGGUACUGCUCUUAGCGUCUUCCUGAAUGGUCUGGGUGUGGGUUUUGCUGCUAGUGAUACGUACACGUUAGCGGGACAGAUCCAUAAUGGGACAGCCACAGAAGUCAGAGUGGGACAAGCUGUGAAUGGUUCGGACCAAUUUCUAGGCCGUCUCCAAGACUUCAGGUUUUACCCCGUCACUCUCACCAACAGGGAAAUAGAGGAGGUUACCAGUGGUGUGUUACCUUCUGUUCAUCUCCAGACUGCCUGUCGGUGCCCUCCCUCACACCCUCGGGUCAAGCCUUUCAGGAGCAGGUUCUGCAUAAAGAAUGGGGUUCCAGACAACACAAUAAACCAAGUGCUCAGGUUGAACAAUUAUUCACACCCCUUGGAGUUUCUCAAUGAUGGUGACGGUAACAGCAUCUGGGUGUCAUCUUUCUUAGAUGAUGUGACCAUCACAAUAAACCUUCAAGAUGAGUUUCAGGUUUUCUAUGUAGUUCUCCAGUUCUACAGUCCCCUGCCCACCACUGUCACCAUAGAGCGUAAGAGAGCAGGGAGCCCUGUGUGGGAGAGAUGGCAGCUGUAUGCCAGUGACUGUAAUGCAGUGUUUGGUCUGGACAAUAAUGGCCCUCUGCCCAGUCCUACCUCUGUCAACUGUCUGCAGUUUGGCUCGAGCAGCCUCCCAUUGCCUUUAUCCAAGGGGAAUGUCACAUUCAAUCUGCUGGCCCCAGAGCCUGUCCCCAGACCAGGGCAUAAUGACUUCUACAAUACACCAGACCUGUACCAGUUUGUCAAGGCAUCACAAGUGAGAGUCAGACUCCAGGGCCACUUUAAUGUGACACAGAGCAGGCACCGCUACUAUGGACUGCAGGAGUAUAUAGUCACUGCCAGGUAA